AUGCUUGGAAUGCGCCUCAUCCCCAAUGGAAACUCCCAGCUAACGAUGGACGAGGUGGAUGGCCAAAACGCCCCCGUCCUCAAUUUGGAGCUCAAGCUGCAACUCCCUGUGUUGAACCUCCUGGAGGUGUUGGGCCAGAACUUCAUCCCGGCUGUGCUUGACCCGCAGACGGUUUGCGGCAACGCAGAGGACCAAAGCGCGAAAGUUGUGGCUGAUAAGCCCGAUCAGUCCGAGGGCAGACCCGCCUCAUCCGACCCAGACGACCUCUCGGACGGUCUCGACAACUCUCCGGCCGAAGCGAACCCACUCUGGAACGACGACGACAGCCAGGAUGUCGCGAAGAUUUGGGAAGGCGAACAGCCACAGGUACAUGCAGACAUGGCUGGCUGGCAGCCACUUCCAAGCUCAAAGCAGGUGGUCUCGGCAGACUUGUUGAGAUUGACGAAGGCGCGAGGUGCCAAGUAUGACUCCGUUGACAUGCCAAUGGACGGCUCAACAGGCUCGAGUGGCUCCGCAGACGGAAGGCUGUGGCUAGAGGUGGUUGAACAGCUGCAGCAAAUGUGCCGGAGCAUCGUCUCUUCCCACGACUUUCAUGUGCACUUGUUGAAGUCGCAGAACAAUAUGACGGCCAAGAUGCGCGACUUCACACUCUCCCUUGGAGACAGAAUGCAGAACCUCUCCAUCAACAUGAAAUCACAGACGGCCGGCCUGGCACAGCGACUCGACGCUCUGGCACAAAGCGUGUCCUCAUUGGAAACCAACUAUGCUUGGCCUCGAGCUGGCAGUGGCCCUGUGGGAGCAGCGCCGCGGGCUGGGCCCGGGAGGCGAUGA